AUGAUCUUCAGGCCAAUGCGCAAGCUUCCAACAGCCGCGCCGCGUCCCACUCCAGCAUUACCAUGGACGCAUAACCCGCCCAUCCGGGCUCGUGUCCUAGGACAUCGUUUAAGGUCGACAACCGCGGCCAACCAGUACCUUCGCCAGGUGUUUCCUAAGAGGCAUCUUGCUCAAGUUCGACCAGAGCCCAUCUCCGAAGUAUGGUUCACCGCCUCCUCUCCAAGAAUUGGUCCUGCGGAUGAAUUACUCGGGCCACCCACGCCCGGCAACAGCAAUGAAAAGCAAGAUCAUCCGCCUCCAGACGAGCGUCUGUUGAGGCUAGGCAAGACACUGCGAACACUUUCUCCCCUCUUGCCAAACAUCCUAACUACUCCGCUCCCGCCGGAGAUCCUUUCGCCAAACAUCUCCCUCCACCUUUUCCCGUCCACUCAUCCUCACCUGCCCGCAGUGAAGGGUCGCGUCGCAUACCGUGCCGCCUUGUGGACAGCUCCUGUGGCUUGGGGCUGUGUGCCCAUUCUAGGCAAUGUCAAGCUUCAAAUCCAGUCGGAGAAAAUCGUCCGCACAGGCCUCAGAUAUGCCAUCCCCGAAGAUGAAUGCGCAGACCUGAUGGAGGAGAAGCUCGUGGUCCGCUGGAAGACCGAACCCAAACAGAAUGGAGACGGGAAUUCCACAGAUAUGGCGGCCUCGAGUGCUGCUGAAUCCAACGCUUCCUCGGCAGGCGGGAUCAAUCGUGGCUUGUCAAAACUUCUCGGCGGCGACAAACCGAUCUUCAAUCUCAGCAGCAGCGACGAUUUCACGGGCUUGUUCAUCUUCACCUUCGAUUCAAAGGGCCGCAUUGCCAGCCAUACCAUCGAACACGCAGACGAGGACAACGGGUUCGACAAAACGAGCAAGGUAGUCACCCUGACGGACUGGCUGUUGGGCAAAGCCAAAGGGGGAAGAGGGAGAGAUAAGGAGCAGGAACUCAUCCCUGGACUCGCCAUGAGGGUAUGCAGGGACGAAUGGAAUGUCCGCAGGCAAUUCCCCAAGUCCCAUGGAGCGGCCCAGUGA